AUGGCGGUGCCGACCCCGCCACCGCGCCUGACGGCACUUCCGGCUGGCCCCACGUACCAUAGAGAAGCGGUGUGCGGAGCGCCGCGGCGGCCGGGCCUCUCUGUCUGCCUCUCGCUGGUGUCUCCUCAGGGGCUGGCGGGCGGCGGGAGCCAUUUGGUGUCGGAUCCCGGGAGAGGCGGAGCGGGACCGGGGGAACCGGGGGGACCGAGGUGUGAAAACUCAAGAGUGGAUCCCUCUGCCACACCCAAGUUCUGCUUCCAGACCCAGCCCAUCCCCAGAGCCCUGGCAGAAGGUGUUCUGUGUCCUGCCACGUCACCCCCUGUGUCACCAGAGCCUCCAAGAUGUGCAGCAGCUUCAGCCUGGAGUCAAGGACACACUCCUAAGUGCAAGAAAAAUGGGAAAAGUUGUUAUUCCUGGGAGGAUCUGCCCGGACUGCUCUCCCUGAGGGACCAAACCUCAGGAUCCUGCUCACCAAGUGCCUCAUCCAGGCUCAUCCCCCUCCUUCUGGCACAGGGGGAAAACUCCAGAGCUGCCCUCCAGUCCCUGAAGGAACCUCCAGGAAGGCUUCAGAGGGAUUUUGCAUCAGUGUCCUGUGAUGGGAGAAGGGGAAAUGGAUGGAAACUGCAGGAGAAGAAGCUCAGCCUGGAUCUGAGGAAGAAGUUCUACAGUAGGAGGAUGAGCCUCAGGCACUGAUUGCCCAGAGAAGCUGUGGCUGCCCCCUCCCUGGGGGUGUUCAGGGCCAGUUUGGAUGGGA